ACAACAGUAACGUCACAGGGACUACACCAGGAGAGUUUUGUUGGAAGUUAGAAAGUUUUGCAGCCUCCAGAGGGCUGUAGCGGCAGUAGCAGAAGCAGCAUCCAAGGGACUCCUGGAAGGGGAAGAGAGAGAGCGAGCGAGCGAGCGACUGACUCAGUCCUGCUGCAGAGAACUGACUCGAGGCGACGAAGGCAGACAUGGAACAUCAGCUGCUGUGCUGCGAGGUGGAGACCAUCCGACGAGCCUACCUGGAUGCCAACCUCCUAAAUGACAGAGUGCUGCAGACCAUGCUGAAGGCGGAGGAGACCUGCUCGCCCUCCGUCUCCUACUUCAAGUGCGUGCAGAAAGAAAUCUUGCCAUAUAUGAGGAAAAUAGUUGCCACUUGGAUGCUGGAGGUUUGCGAAGAGCAGAAGUGCGAAGAGGAAGUUUUCCCCCUGGCUAUGAAUUAUUUGGACAGAUUUUUGUCGUUUGAACCCCUCAAGAAAAGCCGAUUGCAAUUGCUGGGAGCUACCUGCAUGUUUGUGGCUUCAAAAAUGAAGGAAACUAUUCCUCUUACCGCAGAAAAACUGUGCAUUUAUACAGAUAACUCCAUUAGACCCGACGAAUUACUGCAAAUGGAGCUGCUGCUGGUGAAUAAGCUGAAAUGGAAUCUGGCUGCAAUGACCCCCCACGAUUUCAUUGAACAUUUCCUUACUAAAAUGCCUCUGGCAGAGGACACCAAGCAGAUCAUCCGUAAACAUGCUCAGACUUUUGUGGCUCUGUGCGCUACAGAUAUUAAAUUUAUUUCAAACCCACCCUCCAUGAUCGCAGCUGGCAGCGUGGUAGCAGCUGUGCAAGGCCUGCAUCUGGGGAACACUAACACUUUCCUCUCCUAUCAAUGCCUCACACAUUUCCUAUCACAAGUUAUCAAAUGUGAUCCGGAUUGUUUACGAGCCUGCCAAGAACAGAUUGAGUCCCUCCUGGAGUCCAGUCUACGCCAGGCACAGCAGCAAAACGUGUCUUCAGAAACAAAGACUGUAGAGGACGAAGCAGACCUCUCCUGCACACCUACUGAUGUGCGAGAUGUGAACAUUUAAAGAGGACUUCUUCUUAAAUGGAUCUGCUUGUCAAGAAAAGCAGACAAAGAAAGGGCAUCUGAGAAGGAAUCAGCAUCAGGAUCUCCCCCACAGAAACCCUUUUCUCCAGGACAUUUUUAUACCAGAAGGGAAAACCAGUCUCAUAUUUUUUCUUGCUCUGUCUCCCUUCCAUCUGUGACUUCAAACAAACAAAUAAACAAAAAAUACCCCAAAAACUGUCUUAAAAAAAAGAAAAAAUAGUAUUUGCAUUACCCCCAGGGGUUUGUGCUACAAAAAUAGAGAAUUUUAUACAGUAAUCAACUAGGUUUUAUAUUAAAGUGUUCUUGUCUGUAUGUUGUAAAAAUAGGCAUUAACACACGAAAUGUCUCCAGGGGAGGUAUUAGAUUUGAUUUCUUACAUAUAAAACAAACCAACCAACCAUUUUUAAAGUAGAAGAGGGUUUUUUUUGGUUUUUUUUUUUUUUUUUAGAUAGUAAGUGAAAUAUUCUUUUUCUUUAAAAAGCAUAGCUUUAAUGCAGUUCUAGGCUUUUCUGUAUCUUGCUUGCUUAUGCAUUUAGUCACUUUAUAAUUCAUCUGUAAAUGUUUAUUUUAUUUCCUUAGGUUUUUUUUUAUCCUCUUCACCUUAUAAAUGGUUAACGUAACCCAUAAUUUAGUGUAUGUUAGUAUUCAGCAUUAUUAUAUGUUAAUCUUUUUUUUUUUUUUUUGUGCCUGUGGAUUGCCUGUGCAUUGAGGCAUUUGUAGGGUUCCAGCUUAGCAUGAUUGGGAAAGGCCAAUCUACUACCCAUACAGGACCCUAGUAUUAAGAGAAACUGAAAUAGUGACAUAAUAUAUUAUAUUUUUGCAAUCUUCUAUUUUUCUAGAUACCUGUGUAAAAAUGCUAGUCUGACCCCACAGAUAUUCAGCCUAAUUAUGGUCAGGUUCAAUCCACAGUUCAGUCUUUUUUUUUUUUUUGUUAGUUUGUAAUAUUCUAAAACCAUUCCAUUCAAAGCACUUUCAGUCCAUUAGAUAUAGGAAAUACAUUCUUUUAUUGUGUGGGAAUUAUUUUUGUUUGUUUGUUUGUUUUUUAAUGGAAUGGUUUGGAAAUAUAUAAAGUGCUUGUUGGCAAACUUGGAAUUGCAAAGCAAGUGCAUUUAACUAUGGUGUUAGAGGAGAGGUGAUUCUUUUUUUCCGAAGGUUGUGUUCCAGUGAGAGAAAAUUGCAUUCACAAAUUGCCAGGAUAUCUUCCUUUCCUUUUCUAUAGAAAAGUUUGAAGUUUAGAAUCCUUUGGUACCAACUCAUCUUUAUAAAUUAGGGGCCUUAAAGGUUCACAUAUAGGACACAUAGUUUUAAGGAUUAUCGCUAGAUGAUUUUACAACUGAAGGUUUUUAAACACUAAAAUAUAUAAUUUAUAGUUAAGGCUAAAAAGAAUAUUUAUUGCAGAGGAUGUUCGUAAGGCCAGUAUGAUUUGUAAAUUAAUGCAAUCGCCCCUUUUGAAAAAGAAAAUCUUUCUACCCUUGAUGUUGCAGUUUUAACCCAGCUAAUUAAAGCAAAAAAAGGACAUGCUUCAAAGAACAAACCCAAAACCAAGCAGUCUAUUUGGCCCCUUCCUAUACAUUUUCAAAAGCAGUCUAACCAUGAAAAAAACGCCAUAGUUAAUAGAUAUGAAAAUUGGAGUACUUGAAAAAAGUUUUUAUUCCAGUAUAUGCCCCCCCCCUUUUUUUUAAAUUUAGCUACAACUAGAAAAUUUGCACAUCUUGGCUAUGUAUCUUUUUAUUAUUAUUUUAGAAAGUAGCUGAAGGGACGUGGACAUAGCUGUUGAAGUUGAUGCUCGAGGUGAAUGUGAUGGUAAAAUGUAUGUGAGAAAACUGCCGCUGAGGUGUUGAUUGUAAAAAAAAAAACAACAACAAAAAAAAAAAGGAAAAAAGAUAAAAAAUUCAAAAUAUUAAAAAAAAAGAAAAAGACAAAAGAAAAGGAGUGGAUGCUCCGUUUUUAUUGAGCUGCUAUGGAUAAAUUCCCAGCAUGGUUUGAAAAAAAAUUAACAUUGCUUUUCUGUAUCUUUGUCAUUGUGUUUUGCUGCUAUUUUGUGGAUCUUUUUUUUUUGUUAUACAAUGUCAUAUACUGCCAUGUAAUAGGUUUUAAUUUUCUCAUAGAAAAUUAUAUUAUUGACAUCAUUUUUUGUAGAUUUUUAUGUGAUCAAUUUUUACUUAAUGUGAUUACUGCUCUAUUCCAAAAAAGGCUCCUGUUUCACAAUACCUCAUACUUCAGUUACCCGUGUCUAGACCAGGUUUUGAUGUUCUUACAGUGCCUCAUAGUUCUACUGCAAAUGGAAAUGCAUCAAACGUUGCUCUGAAUGGGUCUCUGCAUUAAUUUAAAAACCAGCAGACAUUUCAGAAGAUCAAGUAAUGUCAAGAGUUGGUUGUUUUUUGGUUGUGUUUGUUUUGUUUUUUUUUUUUUUCUUGGGGGGGGUUGAGUUUUGUUUGGUUGGUUUUUUGUUUUUUUGGUUGUUUUUUUUUUUUUCUUUUUUUUUGUUAUGCAUCAUAUAAAGCUGGAUUCUUUGUCUGAUCUGGGGUUUAUUAUCAUAGUAGUUUUAAGCUGUGUUAUUAGCCACAUUGAUAUAAGAAAGGUGCAUUAUAAUAUAACUCUUGUGUGCCACCUGAUGUGGUUCUCCCUCUGCUGGGACACAUCAUUUGGUAUGAUAGGUUAUCUUCUGGAACUCUAAGUAUUUUGUGUGUUUAAUCUGUUAUGAUAUACUAGGGGUUUUUAUUUGUUUUGUUGGUUUUUUUUUAAUUAUAGCAUAAUGCUAAUUUAAAAAAAGCCUGUAAAUCUCAUAAAUAAGCCAGCUAACAGAGUUGUAUGCUGAAGAAUAAUCUAGCUGUUGCCUGUAUGCUGCUAAACCAAAACAGAAUUAGAACUCAUUUUGAGGCAAAUGCAGUUAAGAUCCUACAUAGUGCAUAAAUAAGCAUUGCAAUGCUACUAGCAGUCGCAGGACCCAAGAGGACUGGAUACAUUCUGUCCAAAUUUCAGGAACAUUUCUUACUGCUUACCUCAUAAAACACUUCUGUUCGUAGCAUCUCUGUGUCUCUGAACCAAACACGAUUAUUGAGUUUAUUGCUUGUUGGUUUUGUGUUACACUGAGUGGCAGUGUGUACUGCAAAUUUUAAAAUACUGUAUGUGCUGAAAAAGGCCAAAUCCAGAUAAGUGGCCAACAGAGAUGCUUUAUUUGUCAUGUUAUUAUAACAUCUGUAGUAAGCAAAAGCAAUUCAGAUUUGUACAGUUUUUUUAUUGUAGUUACUGGCAUCACUGGUCUGAAAUGCACAUUUUCACCAACAGACCUGUAACAGACAAGUUUCCAGCAAAAAAAUCUAAAGUCUAGAAAUAAAAUUGGUAAAACCCAA